AUGCUUUCUUCCAUCUUUCUCGCCGGUCUCUUGACCGCGUCUACGUUUGCUUUUCCUUUCGAAAUCCCCGCGGCUAUUCAAGCACGAGGCGAUCAAAAGUACUGUGAUGCCGAUGUCAUGAAUGCCGACCCGCCAAAUGAGUACUGCUAUCAGUUCUGCGAUUUUAAGACGGUCAGGAGAGUUUCAGAAAAACCUGUCCAGGUAUCUGAGAGGAGCCACUGCACCGGCGGUCCCGCAGGAGGAUGCCCAAUUGCCAUCUUAGACCAGGCAACGAUUGAAGUAUCGUCCACCGAGACCCACGGAACUUCAGACACAACGACAGUAAAUGCCGGGAUUUCGUUUUUCGGUGCUAAUCUUGGAGUCUCCUUCGCGCAUUCGGUAGAAUCAUCGCAUGCAAGCACGCACGGGACAUCAACAUCAACAGCUUCAACAAACACGCUAUACAUCCCCGAAGGCAAGGAAGGGCACGUGGUGUUCUUCGCCUACUACGAGGAGCAUUGUGGCAUUUCGGCUGCGAUACGCAAGGCAAACCUACAGGACGACAAGGAUUUCGACUGCAAUCCUGAUUACAACCUCCUAAUUAGCCACGACGCCAAUGUGGAUAGCAUAAAGGGGAUGCAGUACAACUGGGACGGGAUUCAUCCGGGUGAUAUCUAUAACUACGUAGACGCUUGCAUCCGACUUCCAAUGACAACAGUUAACGGCCAUGCCAAGGGCCAGUACCAAGUAUGCGACAGUGACAACACGGAUAACGCUUGCAAGGAGUGUCUGGGUUGCGAUGCGGAAGAAGAUGCUUAGUGGGUGAUUGUAAUUACAUUGGCAGAUAGAAAGGCAGGGCAUAAGUUAUAUCUGGAGGAUUGAUGAUAGAACGAAUUAGAACAAAC